GCGGCGUUUCGACGUAGUUUCACAAUGGAAGAACAGCUUAAAAAUUUAAAAUUAGUCACUGAAGUUGAAAAAUAUUCUUGUUUAUACAAUUCCGAUUUACCAUCAUAUUCGAGAAAGGACAUUACCGAGGAUGCUUGGUCUAAAAUCAGUAAAGAAAUGAAAAUGCCAGUUCAUGCGUGUAAGGAGAAAUGGAAAAAACUACGAAUAGUUUUCAUGAGAUGCUUAAAAGCUGUUUCGAUACCAGGAAGCAAAAGAAAACCAUAUUAUUUAUUCGACGAGAUGCAGUUCUUAGUUCCCCAUAUAAAACAAAAUAUACUGACAGACUCAACAGUGCCUUACGAAUCAAGACAAACAGUAUCUGAAACUAAAGAGACCGAGAAUGAUUCAUUCAAAGAUUCAAUCGAAACAUUGAAUGAUGUUGAAAUUAAACACGAAUUCGACGAAUCGAGCAGUGAAUCCUAUGUGAAUGAAUUUACUAAAAAAAGACGCCUUGAUGAGACUGAUAUGAAUAUUAUAAAUUACAUAGAACGCAAUGUGAGAACCGAACGACCGGUGAGUGGACGUAUAGUGCAUCAUUUGAAUGACCCGGUGGUUUCAUUCUUGAACUGCCUCGUACCAGAAUUGAAUGAAAUGAACGCAUCGCAGUUUAAAAUUUUCAAACGACGCGCUUUAGCAUUGAUAGACAAUAUUAAAGGAGAAAUGUAUUGAUGUUUUUUUUUUAAUUUAGUUAUUUAUGUAUUAACAGUAAGCGUAUAUUUUAAGCGUAA